UCAAGCAUGUGUUUCUUGAAGUCGGUCGAAUGAGGUUACGGUGAUUUUCACAGUGUCCAUCAAGACCAGCGGGUGGCGUGCGUGUCCGUGAGCGUGGCUUUGGAGCGAGUGGGUUGCGUCUGCCUUGUGGUUCAUAGUAAUUGAGAAGUUAAGAACUCAUGUGGUGCAGGGACGCGCACACCGACUGGAGUAUUGAAGGCAGGCAGCUGGAGGGCAAACCACAAGCUUUGUCCUCUCAAAUAUGAACCCCUGCUGUUGUUUAUGGGCCUAAAAUAAGACAGAAUCAUUGCUCGAGUCGUCUUGGGAGAAGCAACACAACAGCUGUCGCUCCAUCAUGGCGGGCGACAUGAUGCUACUGAUGCGAGGCUUGGCCAAGCUCGGCCAGGCCGUCGUUGAGACGCAGAGCAGCGCCCUGCGCAGCGGGACAGGUCUUCCGGGUGUGGGCGCUGCGGUCCAAAGCUUCCAGUCGGCAGCGGAGCAAGGCCUCUCGAUGGCGGUGAUGAAAGUACAGGAGAUGUCGGGGCAGCAGCAAACCCCGUCGGCGGAGUCUGACUUUCCCCAGGAUGACUUUGCUGCGUCGGAGUUCAGCGAGGAAGACUUUUUGGCAGAUCAGCAAGGAAGUGCUAACGAGGCAGCAUCAAUAUUCGAGGGCUACAAGGAUCCUUCCAGAGAGUUUCGGGGUGGCGGGCAGAUCAGAUCGUACCACCAGGACGCUCGACGUUUUGUGGGGAACCAACAGUGGCUUCAAGGAUACGGUCAACCAUCAGUGCGACAACAGCGAGGCUACCAUCAGGACCCGUCCUCCGUCAGCGGGCUGACGGCCGAAGACCUGGAGAAAGCCAGGCAGAGCAAGACCGACAUGAAACCGCACAAGCAGAUGCUGAGUGAGAGAGCCCGAGAGAGGAAGGUGCCCGUCACUCGCCUCAGCAGACUGGCUAACUUUGGAGGUUUGGCUGUAGGUUUGGGCAUUGGAGCCUUGGCAGAGGUUGCCAAGAAGACCAUCAGACAUAAUGGUGCAGCAGGAGAACAUAAAAAGUCCGUCCUGGACUCCAGUCCCUUUCUGUCUGAGGCCAACGCCGAACGCAUCGUGAGAACUUUGUGCAAAGUCCGAGGGGCGGCCCUGAAACUUGGACAGAUGCUCAGUAUUCAAGAUGAUGCGUUCAUCAACCCGCAGCUGGCCAAGAUAUUUGAGCGAGUACGACAGAGUGCCGACUUCAUGCCCAUCAAACAAAUGACGAAAGCAUUAAACAGCGAUUUGGGUCCAAACUGGCGAGACAAGCUGGAGUCUUUCGAGGAGCGUCCUUUUGCCGCAGCGUCCAUCGGCCAGGUCCACCUGGCCAGGUUGAAGGACGGCCGGGAGGUGGCCAUGAAAAUUCAGUAUCCCGGCGUGGCCCAAAGCAUCAACAGUGAUGUCAACAAUCUGAUGACAGUGCUGAAUAUGAGCAACGCGCUCCCUGAAGGUCUGUUUCCAGAGCACCUGAUAGACGUGAUGAGGAGGGAGUUGGCGCUGGAGUGCGACUACAUCAGAGAGGCUCAGUGUGCUAAGAAAUUUAGGGAGCUGCUGAAGGACCACCCCUUCUUCUACGUGCCGGAGGUGAUAGAUGAACUGAGCAGCCGCCAUGUUCUCACCACAGAACUGGUCCCCGGGUUUCCCCUGGACCAGGCCGAGGGCCUCCCGCAGGAGCUGAAGAACACUAUCUGUGAGAACAUCCUGAUGCUGUGCCUCAGAGAGCUGUUUGAGUUCCGCUACAUGCAGACUGACCCCAACUGGUCCAACUUUUUGUACGACCCACAAACGCACAAGGUGGCGCUGCUGGACUUUGGAGCCACCAGAGGAUUCGAUCAAAGCUUCACCGACAUCUACAUAGAGGUGAUCCGCUCAGCCGCUGUGGGGGACCGAGAAGGCGUUAGGAAUAAGUCCAUCGAGAUGAAGUUUCUCACUGGCUACGAAUCAAAGGCCAUGGUGAACGCCCACGUGGACGCGGUGAUGAUCCUGGGCGAGGCCUUCGCGUCGUCUGACGCCUUUGACUUCGGCACCCAGUCCACCACCGAGCGCAUCCACAACCUCAUCCCCGUUAUGCUGCGCCACCGCCUGACCCCGCCCCCGGAGGAGACGUACUCGCUGCACCGCAAGAUGGGUGGUUCCUUCCUCAUCUGCUCCCGCCUCCACGCCAAGCUGCGCUGUAAGGACAUGUUCCACACCGCCUACCAGCGCUACUGGGAGGGCCGCACGCCGCCAUCCAGCUCAGACUGAAUGAUGCUUUGCUUUUUUUUUUCUGGGUUUUUUUUUUUUUUUUUUUUUUUUUUUUUUUUUUUUUUGAUGGACGGUCCGAGGACCAAUCGCAAAUGCCAAAUAUUUGUGGAGGCGGGUGAGGUUUUAAAGCGCAUACUUCACUGUGUUGGACAGCAGAGUGGGGACGAGACGUGGGCGGGGCCAGGACUAAAAGCGCUCAUGUUGGCGUUUUUUAUCUCUGCUGCAUUUUUGCUGUUGUUGACAGGCUUUCAGGACAAUCAGGGUACCAGAAGACACCUUCAGGAACACCGUCAGCAAUAAUGGUAAAAGGACGACAUCGGCCAGUGUGGACCGGGACUUAACGUGUCCAUGUCCUCAGUUUUUCUGCUUCAGCCUUGAAAUGAGCACAAUCAAAGUACACUGGAAAUGCAAAGUUUGUUGAUUUCAGUUUUUGUAGGCUACAUAUAGCGAGCAUUAAGUUUUAAAUGAAGCUCAGGGUGAUUUUACUCCUAUAUACUGUCUACACAAAUAUAUCAAUUUUCCAUUUUCUUUUUUGUGGGACCUGGUGAGAGUGUUUGGAUGUCAGUAGGUGAUUAAAAACAAACAUGUUUGCA